UUUGAACAUGGAACUGAAGGCUUGGCUCGCUUGGGAGUGGAUUUCUCUUCAUUUUUUGCUUUGAAAAAGAGUUUAUUCUCAGGACGUGAAUGUGAACUGGAUUCUUGGAUUCUGCUCCACCGCUUUUCAGAUUGGACCCUAACAUUCAUCAUGAAAAAAGACUGUCAAGGGGACUCCAGACGCUGCUGCCACACUGUGCCUGAUGUCAACCUGAGCUGGAAGAACAGCUGAAGGAUCUUUGAUGGCACAAACCAAGAAGAAAGCAGUUGACAUAAUUGGCUGUGUUGAAAAGAGACACUGGAGCCACCGAGCGGGCAACAUGCUCCACCACCGCUUCCCUAACGGCUUUUCCGACCUGCUCAUGGACGAGACCGACCGCGAGGUCAGCACGCUCACAGAUAGAGCCUUCCGAAGUCUCUGCGUCGGAGAUGAUGCAGUUUACAACGACGACUUCCUGCACGGAUACUCGCCUUUCUGCUGCCGUAAACCUCUGGCAGGGGAGCCGCUUAAAAAGGUUCAUCAAAAAGAAUCAAAAAAGCAAAGAAAGAAUAAAAAAGAGAAAGAGAAGAACUUAUCCAACAUGUCAUCUUUUCUUCAGGCAUUAAGUGCCACAGAGGAGAGCUGUGAGGGCUUGCUAAUCAAAAAUGGUGGCAUUGCAGACUCAAAUGGGGAAUCAUGGGAUAAAUCUGCACUCCGCAGCAUCCAAAGAGAACUAUCAGAAUUCUCCUCGGAUUAUCAAACUAAUCUCACAAGUGGACAAUAUCAGAAACAAUGUGGGUAUGAUUUAUCAAACAAAACUGGCAAAGGUUCUCCUUUGUCUUCAGGAAAAUCAUCAAAGAGCAAACAUGGGAAAUCGACUAUCAAGCUAAAGAAGCUGAAUAUCAAAAACUUUUUCCUUCACAGUGAGUUGAGCCCGUUCCAAACAUGGAGAGGUAUGAGGCAGUUCUCCUUUAGCCACAAGGACACGUCUAUUCUCCCAGCUGAUAUAACACCAAAAUGGUAUGACCUGCCAUUUUACAAGGAGUUAACACAGGCUCAUAUAAAAGAGCACACAGAGGAGAUACUGAAAGAAGCAGGUGAAGCCGCUCCUCCUCCUCCUCCUCCAGUUGCUCCUAAACCUGUCAGCCCCUGUUCACCACCGAAAGUGCUGCCAAAGCCCACAGCUGUACAACCUCAGAAAAGGUGCUCUUCAGAUGCAACGGAUGGAAGUGCUGCUCCCUGGAGGCAGACUAAGGCUGCCCUUCCAAUUAAGCAAGAGAUGCCGCCUCAGGGGAAGAGUAUGAUGGCAAAAAUAGACGAAAGUGAUUUGUUGAUGCAAAAUGAGACAAUGUCCUUAGAAGGGAAAGCAAUUGAGGAUGUCAGCCCUUUCACCUCAACUCCAUUCAGCAUCUGCCAGCUGAUGACCCCCAUCAUUCCUUCCAGACAGCCAACAGAAACAUCAGAAAUCAUCCAAGCUGUGGUUUCGCCUUCUGUGCUCGACCUUCCCCGCAGAUCGCACUCUGAGGCUAAACUGACACCAGAACUUCCAGUGAAGCGGGACGGCUACAAAUCUCUGGCCUCUAGCAUCCUCUUCAACCUCAAAGACAACAGGAAGAGGGUUAAAAGUCGGUACAGUCCACCUAAAUUCAAAACUGUGGACACUCCUGGAAGUGACACCAAAUCUCCGCUAUCAGAUAGUCUCAAACCACAAAAUAACUCCUCUGGUUUAAGCACUCCUGCUGUUUUAAAAGAAGGACAGGAGUCCAGCAGUCCAGUUUUAGAGUCUGUCACCGUCCCAACUCCUGCACUUACGAAGCCUGAAGCUGAUCGGCCACAGUCUGAUGAUUAUUUGUUAUCAAAUCUGCUACAAAGCAAAAAGGAGGCUUUCGGUAAUCUUGGUGAGGAGAAUCCAGGUUCUCUAAUCAUGCACUCGAAAAAGAACAAAAGCCGCAUUGCUAAAAUGCAAAACUAUCCUUCCCUUAAUUUAUACAAAAAAAUUAGCCCACCUGUUACCACUGAUCAGUCAAAUGAAAUUUCACAUCUGAAUCCAAGUAAAGACAUUUUCCAAAAAGAUCUUUCACCAAAUACUUCAAACAACAACCUUGGCCCCUCACGCAUAUGUUCACCAAAUGCACUAAGUGAAUCAAAUGCAAAAGGAGCACCACUAAAUGUAUCGGACAAACCAAAAAUGCCUGUGAAGUCUGUAAAAGACUUUGGAGAGGAGCGUAUUAGUUGGGGGCAAUCAAUGAGCACCAUGGAUGUUAUCAAAGCUGCAAGGGACGCCAUUAAUGCAACCAAAAAUAAAGUGCAACUUGCAGCUCAUUCUGAAACCACCAGUAAACCCGACGACAAAGAAACAAAUGAGACAUUUAAGUGCUCUAAAGUAGAAAAUAAUUCCAUUGGAGGUGAAGCUGAACAAAAUGUUAUUAUCAUGAAAGAUCCCCCACCAGUUCCCAAGAAAAACUUUACCCAGCCAGACAUUCAAAAGAAAAUACAUGUCAGCGAUAAACUUUCUAACGGCAAUUUAGCUGAAACAAAAAUAGAUGAAUCUGCCCAACAAGACAAGCUGAAGCACAUAUUCUCAGACAGGCUGAACAACUACAUAAAAUAUCAGAGACACUCUGUAACAGAUGAGCAACAGAGAGAUGAUGAAGGUGACGUGAACGUGAGAACAGAAAAGGACGCUGUGAGAGACAGUGAACAUAUCAUUCAUGACUUGCACGUGUUGAAAGAGCUAGAGAGAGCGCGGCUUUGCGAUCGGGAGAACAAAGCAGGAGUUCCCAACAAUAUAGACGAGGAAGCCAGAGCUAAGAAUGAUUUGAUCUCCAAGGAGUUGAGGAAUAUUAAGAAGGGAAUGCUAUCCAUGAGAGGGAACACUUCGGCCAAGAGGGAAAUAUUUUCAAAAAUACAGAAGCAACCGGAUAAGCAGGAGGCUCUGGCGAGGAUGGACGGUAACGUCAUGAUAAACAAAGCACUAAUAAACAAUAAUUAUGACAAAGCUAAAAUGGCACUUGAAGAGAUCAUCUCGGAUCGUCAGAUGAGAAGGAUUGUUACUGAUGGAAUUUAUGGAUCAAGGGUACAGCAAAGUAAAAACACGUUGAAAGAAUCUGUUACAGAAGCUAAGGAGGACAAAAAAGAGGAAGCUCUUAGAGAAAGUUUGGGGAAUCUACAAGACCAUAAGCACAUGAGACACAUCCUCUCUCAGACUGAACUGAGACCUGGUCAGACACACAGAUCAGGUGGCAGAGUGGCUUUACCUGGUAUGGCGCUAAAUUCAUCCUUAAGAUCAGACUUUAAGCAUGCCCAACAUAGAGUAAAUGACAAUUCUGAGAAGUCGGAGGAUCUGAAUACAAGGCAGUUGUCUGGCGAAACCACUGUGAUUCAUGAAACCAAAGGGAUAGAAACACCCACUGUUCCUCCUCGGAACAAAAAAGGAGGCAAUAGAAGACUUGGAAGCAGGAUCAAUGGCAUCGUAGAAGAGGAUCCCCAUACAAAUGAAACAAAAGAGGAUGUACAGAAAAACACAAAAGACACUUUGCCAAACAGCUCUAAUGAAGAGACGAGCGAUGCGAAUAUGGCAUCUGAUGCAGUACCUCCCAAGCACCAACUCAAUGAAAGAAGCUAUUCUUUGUUAUCAGAGUUUAAAACAGAUAUGGAGACAGAUAACCCAAGGGAAGCCUCAAGCAGCACUGUUGAGACCUCUUUAAAACUUGAUAACAUAACCACACCCACUGAUGUCCUUGAGAAAAAUUACAAUAUGGAUGCAGAGGCCAACUCCAGGACUAUGAUAUCCCCUGAAUUGCUUGUGAAUGGCGUUAGUGUCGAUGACCACACUAGCAUGUCUUCCAAAUCCUCUUAUUUCUCCGUGGAGAGUCCACCACACAAAAAUACUGAGCUGAACCUUUACCACUCUCUGGAGAACUUGAAUGAAGUAGGCUUUGAGGACAGAGAGGAGCAUGUUCUUAGGCACAUUAAAAAGGAUUCCGAGGGUCCAGAAAGGGAAUAUUACUCCUUUGGUGAGGUUGAGGGUGAAGAAGACAUAGAGAUCCAUAAGGAAAGCAACUCAAGUACCACUGAUGGUCCUGUCUUAUCUCAAGAUGAAUCUAUUCUAACACCAGUGUCACCGUGCGACACUUUCUCUCCAACUUUGGGUAUCCCUGCGUUGUUUAAAAUCAAAGACAACACUUUCAGCAAUAAGUCAAAGAAGUCUGUACAGCCCUGGCCUACAAGGAGUCUUCUGAAUAAAGAAAAGGAAGAGGAGGACUUGCAUCUAUUAAAUGAAAACCCGGAACUCCCAUCUGCUAAUGAAACAGCUUCCAGUGGAUCAGUUGCAGAAGCCGUUAAACCUAAAGAGACUUUAUUGAAUGUUUCACCACCUCCUAUUCUGCAAAAAGAGAAGGACCAUGGUGGAGGGUUGUCAGCUGCCCCAAAGGAGAAAGUGAUGAGUGCAAUGUCUGAAGUUAUGGACAGUCUAACAACACCACAAGUCAACGUAUCGAAGGUUCCUAGCGAACGCUCUGCGUCCACCUGCAGUGGUAAUGACAGCCAGUUGGGAUUGCCCAAACCUCCUGCUGUCUUACCCAAAUCUGAACGGGCCGUCCUCAAAGCCAUGAAGCUGACAAACCGACGGAUGAAGAAGGAAGAGGUCCACAAGUCGACUGGGAAACACAAAACGGACAGACGCAAGAGUGACAAAUCUGAGGUGAAGAGCAGUGAGAAAAAACAUCACAGGGAAGGUGAUAGAAAAGUUGUGCCUGAUGAUGAACAUUCACACAAAAAAACAGCCAAGACGAGAAACCACAACUUGGUGGAAAGCAACCACGUCAAUUAUGACGCUCUCCUUGCAUCGGAACAACAAGGCCGUAGUAGACAAAUUCAAGAUAAACCAGAACAAAGACACUAUAGUGGCAUCAGUAAAGUUCCUGUCUACAAAGCACAUGUUGACGAGAGACCUGCACUGAACACUCGCUCGCAAAGCUCUGACAGAUACUUAGGGAAUAGAGUGGACCGCAGGCGUAGCGCUGACAUGUCAUUCAACGAGAGAAUUGACCUGAGAAGUACGCGCAUUGAGAGAUCCAUCAUGGAUGAGUUCCAGCAGAGAGGCCGAGCCAGAGAGAAGGCGAGCAGAGAGAAACCGCUACGAAGGAGCCACAGCAUCGACGUGCCACCUCCGCCACCGACCUUCUCACGCCAGUCAAGUCACACCAGCCAACUCUCUCGUCAGUCCAGCAUUGAGCACGCCAUUGUCACACAGGCCUUCCCCAUGACCCAGCGGAAGCUCCUCCAGGAUCCUGAUUCAGGACAGUAUUAUUUUGUGGACAUGCCAGUACAAGUCAAAACCAAAACCUUCUUUGAUCCUGAAACAGGAAGCUAUGUGCAGCUGCCAGUCCAGCCACCAGAUGGUGCUGUUCUUCAGGCAUCACAGAUGGAAGUGCUGUCUCCGCCACUGGUUGUUUACCAUAGCUUUGUCCCAGUGCCUCUGUCUCCUAUGGCCCAGAACAUCCAAGUGCCUCAUGUGGAGAAAGAAGAGCUGAGACACUUAGACAUGUCCAGGCAAAUCCACUGCAAGGAUGGACAUCCGUAUUUGGAGCCUGUCUACGGGCAACAUGAACACAUGCUAGGCGACUUCCUCGGCACUGAGGAGGUGGACUGUCCAAGUUGAUAGGGAUGAAUUUGAAAGGUAACAACUACUGUUGUUUGCUUUUACACAUCAUUAUGUUUGUUUCACUGGAUUAACCUUAUUCAAGCAGUCAGUAUUAUUUGUUUAUGGAUUUGAGGUGAGCAAUUGGAUUUAUCCUUAAUUGCCUUUAUUGAACUUACAUUUGACAUGUUGAGAUGUCCAGUGCCAGUGCCGAGCAGAAAUAGGAGGGUAUGCACCUGGCUUUGAAACUAAGCCAAAAGCCAUCAUCAACAACAUUUGACUUAUUCUACACAAAAUAACACAAAUACAGUCAUACUACAAAUACUGAUAAAUACCUCCUUAAUUUACUUGCUUUUUAUCCCGAAUGACUUGAAUGUAUACUGAAAAGAGAUGAACUUGAAUGAGUUGUAAGAUUUAUAUCAAACAAUGUGCAUUUUUUUUUUUUGGAAAGGGAUGUGAAUAAUCCAUUAUAGAGAAAAUAUAGAAUGUAAAUGUGGAGUAUUUAUUAUAAAUGCUAUGAGAUUGUGUUGUUGAAGUAUGGCAGUGAUUGGUGGUAGUAUCCUCUACAGUUUGCAUUUUUAAGCGUUUAGUUUUAUUUGCAGCAAAGUUUUCAAUCAUUUUAAGAUAGCGUCAGAGCUUCAUAAGGCAAACUGCGUUGAAUUUACCUGGAUGUCAUCGUUUUGCAUGCUGUCAAAGAUGUCACAGACUGAGCUAGAAUUUGUGCAAUUUGUUAAGUUUUCAAACAAGUGCGCAACACAAAUGUGACAUGACUUUGUGAAACGAUUUGUUGCAUCGGUGUGUU